CUUUUUUUUUUUCUCUCCACCCAUCCUCCCAUCUCUCACUCACUCUAUUUCAUCCAUCCAGGGUGACGCCAGUCUCUCUCACCCCGCCCCGUUCAACUCAGUCCGCUGCGUUCAUUUCAUUCCUGCUCCCAUUCCGCGCAUAUUUCGCAUCCUUGGAGAGACGCUGCGCAUUUUACGCACUCAGCGCGCCCGAUCCUUCCUCAAACCAAAGCCGACAGGAGACUCUGGAGUUGGCGGAGGGUUUCCCGCUGCUGUAGCGACUCCAAUCCGGGGAAAAGUGUGGGAAUUAAUCCAUAAAGAGGCGUAUGAAUCGAGAGUUCCUGCUGUCUGGCGGUGGAUUUUGGAGCAGCUUGCUGAGUUUUCUACGGUUCACUAGUCCAUGAUAUUUUUAUUACUGGUAGUUACCAUUUGGAGCUACCAUCAGUUUCUAGUUGUCCACAGCUGGCUGUUGUUACUGAGGGAUAAUUAUUACCAUUAUAGUUCAUUUUAACUUCAGUUUAUCACUAGGCUUUUAAUUACUUUAUCUGCUUAGCAUCGAGGCACUUGCACUGAGUACAUAUCAGCUAGUUAACGUUAGCUGCCAGGAUGGAGCGCAGUAGCUGGAGUGGCAGUGAGAGUCCAGGGGAGGACAUGGACAGACUGAGUGAUUCUGGAGGGGACAAGACCAUGGAUGGGGAUCCUGAGGGAGUUUGGAGCCCUGACAUCGAGCAGAGCUUCCAGGAGGCUCUGGCCAUCUAUCCGCCCUGUGGAAGGAGAAAGAUUAUACUGUCGGAUGAAGGAAAGAUGUACGGUCGAAAUGAGCUGAUAGCCAGAUACAUCAAACUCCGAACGGGGAAGACGCGAACAAGGAAACAGGUAUCCAGUCAUAUUCAGGUCUUGGCCCGAAGAAAAUCCAGGGAGUUUCAGUCCAAGCUAAAGGACCAGAAUGCCAAGGAGAAAGCUCUGCAGAGCAUCUCCUCCAUGUCCUCGGCUCAGAUCGUCUCAGCCACGGCCAUACACAGCAAGCUGCUGCCUGGAAUAGUUCGCGCCAGCUUCCCCGGCAACGCGCAGCUAUGGCAGGGCAUGAUUCCUGGAGGACAGUCCAGCUCCACCACAGAAGACAUCAAGCCGUUCUCUCAGCAAGCCUACUCUGUGCAGACAGCAGGGACCACCACGAUCUCAGGCUAUGAACCUCCCAGUGCAGCCCAAACGCACCGAGAGCCGGCGUGGCAGGGUCGCUCCAUCGGCACCACCAAACUACGACUGGUGGAGUUUUCGUCUUUCCUGGAGACACAGAGGGACCAGGAGGCAUACAACAAGCACCUUUUUGUGCACAUCGGCCAGAGCACCCCGAGCUACAGCGACCCCCUGCUGGAGUGCGUGGACAUCCGGCAAAUCUACGACAAGUUCCCGGAGAAGAAGGGAGGCCUGAAGGAGCUGUUUGACAAGGGCCCGCAAAAUGCCUUCUACCUGAUCAAGUUCUGGGCGGACCUGAAUUAUAACGUGCAGGACGACCCGGCAGCCUUCUACGGUGUGACCAGCCAGUACGAGAGCUCGGAGAACAUGACAAUCACCUGCUCCACCAAGGUCUGCUCCUUUGGCAAGCAGGUGGUUGAGAAGGUUGAGACGGAGUACGCGAGGUUUGAAAACGGGCGUUUUGUCUACAGAAUCAGUCGUUCCCCGAUGUGUGAAUACAUGAUCAACUUCAUCCACAAGCUCAAACACCUGCCGGAGAAAUACAUGAUGAACAGCGUGCUGGAGAACUUCACUAUUUUGCUGGUGGUGAGCAAUAGAGACACUCAGGAAACCUUGCUGUGUAUGGCGUGUGUGUUCGAGGUGUCCAACAAUGAGCACGGAGCACAGCACCACAUCUAUCGACUCAUCAAGGAAUAACACACACACACACACACACACACACACACUCUCUCUCAUUCAAACACACAUGUAUGGCCUUUGCUUGGUGUUUUUUUGGUGACAUUGGAGGUAAAAUGUCUUAAAAACUAAUUAGUAAAAAAAAAAAAAUGGCUGCAUUUUCACUGUUGGAUUUUUUUGUUUUUAAUUAAAGCCGGCUAUGACACAGGAUACCACAGAGUCCUCCUCAACAGGAGCAUUUCAACACUACAUAUUCACUCCAACCUGAUGAUCAGUCGCUCAUUAACUGUUUUUUUUUAUUAAAAAAGAAGAAGCUCAGUGGCAGUGCAGCCAUGAAAACACAUCAGAUUCGACCUGUUUCCCAAGAACAUCCUGACUCUGAAACCACCAGGGGAUGUCACGUCUUCAUUAAUUGGUUUCUUCUUCUUCUUCUUUCUCCCAGUUUUUUUUUUUUUUGCUGUCAUGAUGGAAAUGAAAGUGGUGUUUCUGUCAUGGGUUUUAAGUCAAACCAGGGAGAGGAAGAGAAAAAAAAAAAGAUCUCAUAAUCCCCCCCUCUGACGAAAGUGCGCGUGUGUGUUAUCUGUCAGGAAACUGAGAGGCGCUGAAGGUCAGACCCUGUGUAUCAUCAAUAAGCAGAGAAAGCUGGAGGAAAUAACACUACUGCAUUAUCAUAUAGUAGAAUAUAGAGGUGGAUUUAUACAGAUGGACACUGCAAACUGUGUGAGCUGAAUUCUUAUACAAGAGGUUUGUCCCAAAGAAAAGAAGUCAAAUUUUUACCUUUUUGUAUGUUUUCUUUAAAGAAAAAAAUCUUUUAAACUUUGGGAAGUUGUUUAUUGAUAAUAGCAUAUAGAUUCUAUUUUAAUUCCACAAUCACUAUCUAAACCUUAUCUGAAUGAGAAACUAUAAGUGAAACUGAAUAAUUCAGGUAGCUUUUUUGUGCAACAGGUGACUCGUUAUUUAAAAAAAAAUAAAAUAAAAAUUACAGUCUUCAAGAUUUGAUUCACAAUUAAAGCCACUUCUGUUUUAUGAGCUUUUAUUGUGAAGCAGCAGCCACAGGAAGUGUCGGUAACUCAGCGCAGCUCUGUGAAACAGUGACGCUGAUGUCACUGAGGUAAUGUCUGAUCAACAAAUGGAAAUCUGAUUUAGAAACUACGAUCAAAUAUUAACCUGAUUGUGCAGAUCUUAAGGAUUAUAAUUUUAAACAUAUGUUGGUCUACUGAAAAGCACUGUGAAUUUUAAACCCUAUAAAUUACCAUUCAUGGUGUGCAAAUAGGGGAAAAAAGCGUUUUAGUCAGUUAACCUGUUUUUAUCAUGAGAAUUACGGUUGCAAAUUAAAGGGGACCUAAUAUUUUGUUCAUUUCCACUUUUUUAAUUCAGAGCGUUGCUUUGAAUGAGUCACAGUUCAAAAAUCAUCCUCCUCUGUCUCACUGUGGUCCUCGGUGCAGCUCAUUAACUGUCUGGCUGCCACUGGCAAACAGAAGGUUCAGCAGCAGGUGGGCGGGGUUUUGUGCUCACACCCAGAGCUGAGAUGACCAUAUAAGGGACGUCCCCUCUCUGACUUUAAGGAGGAGCCUGAGCUUUAGGUUCACGGCGAUUACUCGUACAUACACUGAUGCUAUUUAAUGUGAGGAUCCACCAUUGUAACACUAUAUAUGAUAGAAAACAAGGAAAUGCAGAAUAAGUCCCCUUUAAUCUUAGUUUGGUAUGAUGAGCAGAUUCUCACCUCAGUGUCAGGAUUAUUUAACUCUAGAUGACAGUGCCCUUCAGCCUCUACAACACAGGUUACUUAUGGUUAUACAAUAUAAUAUUUAUGAAUUUAAAAAACCAAAAACUCUGACUGGAGUGUACUGUAGCAGAUGUCGUCCGGUGGUUCGUCUGUGUCAUGCUCAGCAGCAUGAAGUGCCUUUGGCUGGAAACAGCAUUAGACGUUUCUAUUGUGUUUCCCGAAAGUCCUGAGAAUUUGUUGUUGUAGGUGAUGCAGGGGGAGAAAUUAAACAGGCCCCACAUCCCCCAGUUUUCUGUGUCCUGGGGUCAGUUAUCCAGAUUCUUUAAUUACAGUCCUGAAAAAUCUUUUUAUAAUAAUGUCUUUGGGAUAAAUUCUUGUUCAUGUGGUAUCUAUUGGCAGUAUUUAUUCCAUAUAUUUGCAUUUCUUUCUUAUAUGUGUGACGGAUUCAUGUAGAAAGAGCUUGUGCACUCGAUGUUACCUGGAGCUUUGUUCAUAAAAUGUAUCAGUUUGGAUUUGUCACCGUUUGGAUGACCUGCUCUUACAACCCUGCUGUAGAAUAAUGUUUGCCAUCGGGUCCCUUAUUAAUCACAGAAGCCAACAGUUUACAGUUAUCUUCAUGAUUAAUACGGAGAAGACCUCACUGAGGAUCAGUUUUCUUUAGAAACUGUUAAAACGAAUGGAUACCAUCAACUAAUUGAUGCCACUUUAAUAUCUGUGUCCUAAUGCGACACUGCAGCCGGCAGGUCGGCUCAGUUUAGCAAGUGGAAACGGUCCGAGUGCUCAUCAGUGUUCAACAACAAAGGGUACAGUAAAGUUAUGAAGUAAAAACUGAGCAGAAAUGCCCAAAACUGGGGGGGGACAGACUUGAAGGUUUGGCUGAGGUGAAAAGUUUGAAGCCUGGAGACUAAAAAUAACAGAUCUCUGAGAAGAAUGGGAACCAAACUGCAUAUUCCACCACCCCUUAAAUCAUCUUGUCUUAUUUUGCACUGAACCAAAUCGUAAGCAAGCCACAUACAGAUGUGAUGCUGUCCAGCUGAAUUAACUUUUGCAGAUUUUCUGGAAAUUUGGCCCAUGUUCCCGACCAGCAGUGUUCUGGAAGGCUACUUUUUAAAUGAAAUACUGGUCACCCUGUAAAGUGUGGUUAGUUGCAUUACUGGUGAAUCUUUUAAACAGGGCAACAAAGCAAAAAGACUUUAAAACUGUGAGUUCACGUGUCCCUCUGCUGACCUCCGAAAGCCCACAAAAAUCUGCGUCCCUGCACGGGAAACACGCAGAGUGACAGAAUCAGUGUCAUCAGGAAAAGAAGACAUCUGAUUGGCAACGUUGUUCCACAGUAACUGUGAUGUUUACUUCCAGUCAGAAAGCAGGACGCACGUGCGCACGUACUUUAGAGGUGUUUUAGAGUCCUUUAAAGCUAGGUUUACUGAUUUAUCUGGAUAAGCUUCUACUUGGAGUUAAAAUCUGUAACUCCACGAGUUCUUAUUUUGGUUUACAUUUGGGAUCUUGUUGAACACUAGAGGUCACAGUCCGUGCAUGUAAAUAAGAACACCAGGAUGCUGAUGUUGGUCAAAGAAAGUCCCGAUGCCAGUGUGAACAGCUGGGAAUGACGCAUCUUUGCUCACAAAUGGCCAGCUGUUAAAUAUUUAGCCUCAACACGUUAUGACUCGUAUGUGAUUCACAUCGAGUGGCUCCUGCCUCAGAUUAGCAUGCAUCCAAAACUGCUACAUUUCCACUCUGUUAACCUAAAGACCCCUGUGGGCGUCUCCUGAGGUUCACACUUGUGAAUCAUCUCGGUGGGAAAUUCCCUGCUUCUGACGUUCCCAGACUCACGGCUGCAGCGUUUGCUGUUUGCAGGCAGAACUCUGGGCCUUCGUGCAGGAGUGUGAACAUGUAAGUGAUACACUAUGAGACCCUCUGUCCAGACAGACUCUACCACCUGCUUACCAAAGACAGUCAUGUGACACAAAGUGAUUUAUUAAAGGUAGCUAAAUGACUAUUUCAAAUCAAAUACGGACACCCUCCCAUCUGAAGAUGUUGGGGAAAGGCUUCUGUAAACUGUGACUUAUGAAAAUGAUCUGGUAACCAUUACAGGGACUCAGCCUUCUUGUUGUGAUCAGCUGGAGAACAUGUGGCGGCAGGCUAACAGCAGCGUAACGUCUAAAGGUCGUUCAAAUGGUUACAAAGUCCAGCGGAGCACUGAGUCUCAGUCAUUGCUGUCUGUGUUGUUAAUGUCGUCUUGUAUGUGCGAGUUGGAUAUUAUUAUCUUCUCUUACGGAUCACACGAGGCACAGAAAUCCCGUCUGUAAUCAAUUCCAAAAUGGCCUUGAAUCUUUUUUGGCUCCGCUGCAGCGCGUCGUGCACUGAGGGCUUUUUGAUACGGUGCUUUGUAUAAAAGUGACAAUAACAUUUAUUACAGAUGUUGUGUAUAUCUUUGAUAUUCUAAUGUUUAUCCUAUUUUGUGAAGAGAGUACAUUUAGGAGAAAUCAGAAAGCUAGUAAUGGAUGUUUAUUGGUACUGCACAGGGUCUGAUCUCUGCUUUGUAACUUUCUCCCCCCUCAUGGCUAAAAGUAUGUUAGAUAUUUUCUAGCUUUGUAGAGACUUUGUACGCAUAUGCUAUUCAGUUUAAAUAAAUGGUCAGUUCUAACCUGUGCUCGUGGCUUUGGUCUUUUCUCAUUAGUCUCAGCUCUGAACUGAAUGUUAAAA